GCGAUAUUCACUGAGCAUGCGCACGAAUUUAACGCAUGCUCACUGAGGUUUUGGGGCAACGCUGAGUGGGACAGGGUCUGUUUCUGCGCAUGAGGGCUGAGAAUACGGGCUGAAAAUGGAGUUCAUAGCUUUUCCGCAGUAACUGUGACCGUCAGAAAACAAGAUGACUGUGUUUGUUUUACUGUAUUGUCAUCUCUUGAACAUUUACAACGUGUGUUUUUCAUUUCAGAGGAAAACGAAGCAAGACAGUCGUCUGAAGAUGGCGAAGGAAAGAUGAGAACGAUGAAGCCCACAAGGAGUAUGAUGCUGGUGCUCUGUCCCAUGCUGGUGCUCGGCUUCCUGUACUAUUCAUCUGGGAGACUGCACCUUCGCACCUGGGGCCAAAGACCACAGGUGGACGUGGACAGCUCAUCCUCCGUGGGACGGAUAGUAGCGUCAGUGUAUGACAAGCAGGGGUUCCUCAUUAAGCCUGAUGGAAGAUUGCCGCUUGAGCUACAGUAUAAGUAUGGAAAUCUGAGUAAAGGAGAAUGUAAGCCCGGCUAUGCGGAGGCCAAGAUGAUGUCAGUCUAUCCAAAGUUCAUGAAACCGGCCCCCAUGUUCCUUGAUCGGAAUUAUAAACGGCUGUCGAAGAUCAAUACCUACCCACCACCCUUUGGGGUAAAAUCACAAGAAAAGAUGAUCGACAUCAUUUUAGGUGAGGCAAAGAACUACGGGCUUGGAGGUGAACUGGACAGUUUGAGCUGUAAGAGGUGUAUCAUCAUUGGCAAUGCAGGGAUCCUUUUCAACAAGUCCCUGGGCUCCAAAAUUGAUGAGUAUGAUGUGGUUAUAAGGCUGAAUGAGGCUCCGGUGAGCGGCUAUGAGAAGGACGUGGGAUCUAAGACCACCAUGCGCAUCACAUAUCCAGAGGGAGCUAUACAGAAACCUGAGCUUUAUGAGAAGAGUUCUCUGUUCGUCCUUUCUGCCUUCAAACCACCGGACUUCAAAUGGCUCAGGCACAUGGUGUUCAAGGAGAAACUGCGAGGAUCAGAUGGGUUCUGGAAGUCAGUGGCGCGUGUCGUACCCAGGGAAGCAGCAGACAUGAGGAUACUGAACCCGUAUUUCAUCCAGGAGGCAGCGUUUCAGUUCAUCGGUCUGCCACACAACAACGGCCUCAUGGGUCGAGGGAAUAUCCCAACACUGGGGACAGUGGCAAUCACGAUGGCGCUGCAUAACUGUGACGAGGUGGGGGUGGCUGGAUUCGGCUACGACAUGAGCAACCCUAAUGCACCGCUGCAUUACUACGAGAAGCUCAAGAUGUCCGCAAUCAAAGAUUCAUGGACACACAACAUAUCAAAAGAAAAGGAGUUUCUGCAGAAGUUGGUGACAGCCGGUGUAAUUCAGGAUCUGACCAACGGGAUCUGAGAGUCUCUCGCACAUCACAAAUGUGGAAAUGCCAUUACUGACUUGCUUCUGCCUAGCACCGGAGUGUGCAGACUUCACACAUCAGCUCAGCUGAUUUUUCAACAUGGUUAUUGGAAGACUCCACCCACUGCAAAUCUUGAAGCACUGGUCAGAGGACAUGCUAAUAUGUAAGACACAAAAAAAGGCAUACUUUUACACUGUCAGUCUUUCAGAAACUCCCUUUUUUUAAAAAAAAAUGUUUUUAAAUGCAGAGUGAGGGACACUCCUUGGUUUUUAAUUAAUAUUUCAGUUAUUACGAGUUAUGUUAAGCAUUGACGGCUGCAGGAACCACAAAGUAGCAUUUACACUGUGGUUGUGGAAAUCAGUCAUUACAACUGUAAUACCACCGUGAAACAGACCUUCAAGUCAUGCACACUAUGGAAACAUCAUUUUAAAGGUCCCAUGUUCACUAUUGGAUUUUUUUUUUCCCUUUCCCCUGAAGUCCACCUAAACAUUUCCGACCUUCAGUUAAAUAUUAAAUUCUUCCUGGUCACCUCACGAGUGAAAUGAGGCACAGCACACCCCCAUGUAAAACUAGAUUAAAUAAUAGCAUCAUCUAGUUCAACACCUUAUAAUUAUUUUUCUAAAACUUAAAUAAAAAAACGUAGUGAACGUUAAUAGUACAUGACUAGACGAGGUAUAGAAUUAGCAAAUAGAUUACCAAGGUGGAAUGGGUGGGGCUAAGCAGCUGUGAAUGGCUGGAUACAUUUAAACGUCUGUGAUGUCCAAAAAUCAAGAAGUUUAAAAUGGGUUGUUUUUGCAGUUUAGUUUCCAUAAAUCGGUUUGAUGGCCUGUGGUGAGUUUUGAAACUUGAGCUCUUGUAUUUCAGAUGACCUUCCGUUUAUUGUAUGAGGUCACUUAAGAGAGUUUCAGUUAUACAUAAAAUCAUUUUGUUGUCUUUUAAAAUGUGCACUUUGUUCAGUAACAGAAUAAGGUCAUUAAAUAGUUUAGUUUACGUUUUUACUCGCAUAAACCUCACAUUAUACUGAUUCGGCGCAUACUCACACUAAGCACAGUUGCCUCGUACUGUGCCUGAAUAUGAUUGUCCCCCCCUCUGCUGGCCUGCACUCACAUUAUGGGCCCGAGUACACUUGCGUGAUCACAACACAAGGUUUUUGUUUGGGGGUGGGUGGGGGGUGUUUGUUUUUUGUUGUUGUUUUUUUUUUUCUUCCCCCUUGAAGAAACGCACACUCUUGAAAAGGAAAUUCUCAUUCAUUUAAGUGAACAAGUUUUUCUCACAGGUUCACUAGGCUAGCACUUCUGGAAAGACUGAUAUCUUGCAGUUUGUUCCUCCAAGCCCUACGGUCAUUCCUUUUCUUGUUGUCAAGCUUAAAAUUACAAAAUAAUAGCCUAAUAGUUAUGUUUUAAACAUACUAUUGUAUUACUGUAAAAUUUGACCAAUACUAAAGUUAAAAUUAUUAACCAGUGUUAUCAAGAUAAUAUAUGAAAAUAGCUUACAAGUAACUUGUACUUUCAAUAACUACAGAAGACACCAUUGUUUGUUAUUUUGUGAAAUUAUCUGAAUCACUUUUAUUACAUGGCUGUUUAAAUAUUAUAGACAACAGGUUUUAUAUAAAUGGCAUACUGUUUCCACUGUGCUUUCUGGUUCAUUUAGUAGGCCAUGUCUUUAAAAAGCUGGUUUGUUCAUUGAAAUGCCAAACUGCUGCAACUAAGAGAAGGCAGGUCGCAGGUUUGUUCGUUCUCGAACAGCACUUCUGGAUAAGACCAGUGAGCUAUGUUGCCAAAUCCAGUUCUCAGUUGUCUAACUGUCGUCCUCUUGCACCAGGCUCCUAUGCUCAUUUGCAUGAUUGACAUGUCGGUGAGCUAAUCAGUCUUCAGCUGUGAGGAGCCGGGAGGUGGUGAGAAGCGAAUGAAAACGAUGAAUGUACUGGUGCUUUUAGAUAGUAGAAAGACAUCAUUUAUCAAUUAUGUAACACAGAUUUUCAGUAAGUUGUGCUGCACUCAUAAGAAGCUUUUUACAGAGGCAGCUGACGUUGAGGAAGGAAGUUGCAGCUUCACUUGCUGACUACAAUUCAUGUUUGCGUACUGUGUUCAGGCACGGUACGCAGCAAUCACAUGGGUCAAACGAACUGGACUUUGGGGGUCAAGCGUGCUCGGGUAUGAUACGGAUCAGUUAGACUGGUCAUGUUGCUGUAGUAGAAAAACAGGAAACGGCAUCAGAAGCACCAAGUCCAGUUCACACUUGGCCGUCCCUGUAGCCGUCCACAUUUAAAGAUGUGUGCACACGAGAGGGAGUGUUUUUGGUAUUUUUUUUGAAUUUGUGUGUGCAACGGUUAAGUUGCAUUUUUCAAUUCACCUCAGUGUUUGUGCUUUACUUCCACCCAAAUCAGAGCUUUAAUGGCGUUCACCUCAAACUUGGGCUGCUUUAUCUGCAGUCUUUAGUGUUACAGCACAGAUGAUCAGGACUGUUUUUUUUUUUUCCUCAUUGUGUUCUGCUAUUUAUAUACAUUAGCAGGACUAAAGUGGAUUAUGUUAGUGUUGAAAUCACCAUGUUUCUCUCUCAGCCUGUGAUUCAGUCUGGUGCAGUGUAUGACAAAUCAAUAUAAUAAAGUAUUCAGAAUUUGUUACA